AUGACGCCCACGCUCCUGCCAAAUCUCAUGGCAUUUCGCACGCAGAUACAUAUACUCCGUAGCUUGUCAUUAUUUCGCCAGCUGCCAACGCUCAGCGCUAUGGAUGGUACUAGCCGUCCCGAUGCCUCAUGCAGUGCAGGUGGGGGAGUGGUGCAAAGUCUGAGGGACUUCUGGAGUGAUGUUAAUUUUAGGAUGCCGCUAAGUCGCCCCAGAGUCAAACUCAUCAACAUCUCAUUUCCCAUCUCAUGCACGGCUGACAACCUGUGGUCACCAACCUCGGCCAUCGCGUUACAUGCUUGA